AAAAAAAGGAACAAAUAAAAGCUAGUGUUUGAGUUCAAACGACGCCGUAAGAUACUCAGAAUGGCGUCGACGUCCGGCGCAGGCAGCGGCGUAGCUGCCGGAAGGAUCAGAUCUCAUACAUCGGCGCUGUACUCCGACAGUCAAUCCCUCAUCCUUGAAAUUAGGAAGUCUGUGACUAUGAUGAAAGAUAUUGCGGUCCACUUGGAGAGAGAUGAGAGAACCCAAAUGGUAAAAGAUCUUGAAGAUGGUGUUGUUCAGUUGUUGGCAGCAUCCGAUGAGUGCAUGCAUCUAUCUGAGGCAAUUCAGUCUAUAGGUGAUACAUUAGAGCCUGGGCCAGAGCCAACGAAUUUUAAGAAGAAGUUUGACGAAGAAAUUGCAAAAUCAAAGGCUAGAUCAUCGUCUCACACUCAGAACCAGUCUUUGUUGAGAAAAUUCCGGGAAGCCGUCUGGCAUGUUCAUCACGAAGGACAGCCAAUGCCAGGUGACGAGCAGGAGGACAUUGUAAUGACCAGUACACAGUGCAACCUUCUGAAUGUGACUUGCCCAUUAAGUGGAAAGCCCGUUAUUGAACUUGUUGAACCAGUUCGUAGCAUGGACUGCAAGCAUAUAUACGAUAAGAAGGCUAUCAUGCAGUACAUGAAGAAGUCCAAAAGCACACGUGGCCAAUGUCCCGUUGCAGGUUGUCCGAAAAUUCUGAAGGCGCAGAGGGUGUUAUGUGACCCUUUCUUACUUAUAGAAAUUGAUGAAGUCCGCUCUAUGAAUAAGCAAAAUGCUAGACCUGAUGGGAUAGAAGAUUUUACUGCGCUGGAUGAAGAUGAAGAUGAAGAUAAUUGAGGGUUUUGAGGCCCUGAUGGACCCUCUUGAAUCUAGAUAUCUAAAUAUUCAGGGUUCUACUCAUGAACAGCUUAUGUUUUCUGUGGAAAAAGAAAGCCUUGUUUUAAUCUUUUGGAAGUUAUUUUGAUUCUCUUUCCCAAGAAGGGGACAUGAAUAUUUUGAAAUUCCUUGAAAAUGACCAACUUGUGCAUACUUGUAUAAAUUGCAAAUGGACAAUUUUAAAUUUUUCUCUCA